AUGAAGCCACAGACCUCGUCUCAUAACACCACGUCCCCUCCGGGGCUCAGCCCAGUCAUGUCCCAAGUGCACGUCGACGACAUGAACAUUACUUCUAUAUUGUCCAACCGUGGUGCCGUCAUUAACGUCGACCACGUCAUUGAUAACGACGAAGCAAUGAUCUUGGCUAUGGGAUAUAAACAAGAGCUCAAAAGAGAACUCUCGCUAUGGUCAAUUUUUGCAGUCAGUUUCUCGGUUUUGGGACUUUUACCUUCAAUUGCCGCAUGCUUUUCGUAUCAACAAUUGGUGAUUGGUAUUACACCUGUGCCGUGGAUCGUGGCAAUCGUAUUUAUCACCUCAGUUGCUUUGUCCAUGGCUGAGAUAUCCUCGGCAUUUCCAUGCUCCGCCGGAACUCCUUAUGCCGUGAGUCAGUUGGCUCCACCAAAAUGGAAGGCAUACUUAACUUGGUUUACAUGCUGGGCCAACUGGUUAUGUCAGAUUACAGCUAGUCCUUCUGUUAGCUACUCUUGUGCAAGUAUGAUGCUUGCCCUUUACUCUUUCAACAGUGAAAGCUAUACCCCAACAAAUGGACACGUUUACGGCUUAACGACUGGCAUUCAAGUCGUCAGUGGAGUCUUGAGUUGCUUACCAACCAAAUGGGUUGCACGAGUAAGCUCAACAGGUACAAUAUGCAAUAUAGUAUUUCUAGUUAUUGUCUUUGUCGUGAUUCUUGGAGGUAACAAGAGACAAGAACUCAAUCCUUCAGAGGCCAUGCCAAAGUUCAAUGGGAAUUCCAAAGCUUGGUCUUUAACAAAUCAAGCCGAAUGGCCUCAAGGUAUUUCGUUUUUGAUGAGUUUCUUAUCGGCAAUCUAUUCACUUAGUGGUUACGAUAGUCCAUUCCAUCUUUCCGAAGAAUGUUCCAAUGCCGCAACUGCCGUUCCACGUGCCAUUGUGAUGACGAGUACAAUUGGAGGUGCAGUUGGGUUUUUGUUUAUGAUUGCCAUUUCGUACACGAUUGUUAGUCUUCAAGAGAUUAGUGACGAUCCUCAAGGCUUGGGCCAGCCGUUUGUUACCUACUUGACGCAAAUUUUGGAGCAUAAACUCGUAUUAGCUGCAACAGCGUUCACCAUUGUGUCGUCAUUUUUCAUGGCUCAGAGUUGUUUGUUGGCAUCAUCUCGAGUCACGUACGCUUACUCGAGAGAUGGCUUAUUUCCAUUAUCGAGGAUAUGGAAACGCGUGUCACCAUGGACUCAAACUCCCAUUUGGGCAGUCGUGAUGAAUGUUGUGAUUGGAGAGCUUAUCUUGCUCUUAAUAUUUGCUGGAGAUGUAGCCAUUGGUGCCAUAUUUUCCGUUGGUGGUAUUGCCGGAUUUGUUUCAUUUACCAUGCCCACUUUACUCAAGAUAACAUAUGCACGCAACUCUUUUAGACCAGGUCCUUGGAACUUGGGAAAGUUUUCACAGCCAGUUGGUUGGGUCUCAGUGGCCUUUGUUUCUUUAAUGGUUCCUAUUCUUUGUUUUCCAUAUGUAGUUGGCGAAGAUCUCAAUGCGCAAGAGAUGAACUGGACAGUAUUGGUAUUCUUUGGACCUUUGUUGCUUGCUACAAUCUGGUUUGCUAUAGAUGCACGCAAGUGGUAUAUUGGUCCACGUAGUAACAUUGAUGAGAAGGAUAUUACUUAUGAAGACGAUAUGUUGACGGAUGAUAGUAAGGGUCAUAGGACACCUGUUUAUGAGAGCCAAGAGGUUCAUACGCCUACUGGCGAAAAGGGAUACAAAUAG